UUUGAGAAAAGUUGCGUGGUGUGGGAACACUAAAAGUGUAGGCUUAGGAACUUUUGUGAGUUAGUAGUGUCUCAUCGUACAUUAGCAAGUUGGGUGAAUUAAGGCUUUUAAGUUCAAGAAUGGCACUGUCACUGAAUCCAGUUCGUAUAUUGAAAGGAGAUGCAGAAGAAGAAAAGGCAGAGCAUGCACGAAUGUCGUCUUUCAUAGGUGCUAUAGCUAUUGGAGACUUGGUAAAAUCAACUCUAGGACCAAAAGGAAUGGAUAAAAUUCUGUUAUGUGAAGGAAGACAAGAAGGAAAGGUAGAAUGUACAAAUGAUGGAGCUACAAUUCUAAGGUCGGUUGGUGUGGAUAACCCAGCUGCAAAAAUACUUAUUGACAUUUCCAAGGUUCAGGAUGACGAGGUUGGUGACGGGACAACAUCGGUGGCAGUCUUUGCCUCGGAACUUUUAAAAGAGGCCGAACAAUUGAUCAACAUGAAACUCCAUCCUCAAACAAUUAUCGCAGGAUGGAGGAAGGCUGCCAUUGAAGCCAGGGAUGCCUUAACCUCCUUUGCAAGGGAUAACAGUGGUAACCAAGAAAAAUUUUAUGAAGAUUUGAUAAACAUUUCAAGAACUACCCUCAGCUCCAAGAUCCUUUCACAAAGUAAAGACUUUUUUGCUAAGUUAGCUGUUGAUGCAGUUGUACGACUAAAAGGCUCUGGAAACCUACAAGCUAUCCAAGUUUUGAAGAAACUUGGAGGAAGUCUGACUGACUCUUUCCUUGAUGAAGGAUUUUUGUUGGACAAAAAGGUGGGUGUGAAUCAGCCCAAGCGGAUUGAGAAGGCUCGUAUCCUAAUUGCGAAUACUCCCAUGGACACUGACAAAAUCAAAGUCUUUGGAUCACGAGUGCGGGUUGAAUCAGUUGCGAAAGUUGCAGAAUUAGAACUUGCAGAGAAGGAAAAAAUGAAGGACAAGGUAGAAAUGAUUUUGAAGCACAACAUCAAUGUCUUUAUUAAUCGUCAACUGAUCUAUAACUACCCCGAGCAACUGUUUGCUGAUGUUGGUGUCAUGGCUAUUGAGCACGCAGAUUUCGACGGCAUUGAGCGACUUGCUUUAGUAACAGGUGGAGAGAUAGUGUCUACUUUUGGAUGUCCGGAAAAAGUUAAGCUGGGCUUUUGUAACCUGAUUGAAGAAGUCAUGAUUGGAGAAGAUAAACUUCUCAAGUUCUCCGGAGUACCACUUGGAGAAGCAUGUACCAUUGUUCUACGUGGGUCUACACAGCAGAUCUUAGACGAAGCUGAACGAUCACUGCACGAUGCUCUCUGUGUGUUAUCACAGACCGUAAAAGAAACCCGUAUUGUGUUUGGUGGGGGGAGUGCCGAGAUGCUUAUGGCUACUGCUGUUGGUAGACUUGCCGAGAGAACUCCAGGAAAAGAAGCAAUGGCAAUGGAAUCAUUUGCUAAAGCUUUGCGGCAGAUGGCUACAAUAAUUGCCGAUAAUGCUGGUUACGAUAGUGCACAGCUGAUAUCUGAGCUUCGUGCAGCCCACGCUGAAGGAAAGAAUACGUACGGAAUUGCUAUGGAAAAAGGAGUCGUUACUGAUGUAUAUAUAUAA